AUGGAGUUUGACGACGAGAUGGGCUAUGCCGUCGCAGGACCAGGCUCCUCGCGCUCAAACAGCCGACCGCCCCGUCCACGCUGUCAAGCACCCCAGGAAUCUGUCAAGCAGUUCUGGGAACAGUUCAAUACCAAGUAUCCUGGCAAAGUAUACACGGUGCUACCGGACAAUCCGUACGCACGGACUCGGGCCAAGCGUGUACCAAGCGGUCGUAUCCAAGGCCACGAAGCCGUCAAAUCGUACGAGCAGGCGCGCCAAGAAUGUCGAAAAUCCGUCGACCGGAUCGUCAAGGAAUGUGAGCGUGUGAAUCAGAAAUAUACGGACCCCCACUUCGAUAUCGAGCUCGACCUAAAGACUGGCCGGAGACACUAUCUCGAUGGAUUGGAUAAGCCGAAUACGUAUAUGAGACCCCGAGGCGUGAAGAGAGUGACCGAAAUCUUUGAGAAUCCGCAGUUCUUCGUUAAUGGGCCUACCGCAUCAGAUGUGCGACAGGGAUAUGAUGGGGAUUGCUGGCUUAUGGCUGCGCUUUGUACUAUGGGCAAUAAGGAGGAGCUCAUCCGGAAGAUUUGUGUUCACCGCAAUGAGGAUGUCGGGGUUUACGGGUUUGUUUUCCAUCGAGACGGCGAGUGGCAGCAAUGCAUUGUAGAUGACAAACUAUAUCUCCGCGCUGCUGACUAUGAUGAGUCUGUCGACGAGCGACCCCUCUGGGACGACAUAACUCGCACUGAUACGGAGGAAGAGUACCGUCGAGUCUGGCAGACGGGCUCGCGGGCACUGUACUUCGCCCAAUGUGUCGAUGACAAUGAGAUAUGGCUACCCCUUCUAGAGAAAGCCUUUGCAAAGGCCCACGGAGAUUAUUCCGCUAUCGAGGGUGGAUUUGUUGGUGAAGCUAUCGAGGAUCUCACUGGAGGCGUGACGUCUGAGGUCUUAUCUAGCAACAUCCUGAACAAGGACCGCUUUUGGACCGAGGAACUUAUGAAGGUCAACAAGGAAUUUCUGUUUGGUUGCGGGACGGGCAUGUACUCGAACUGGUUAGAUCCCAAGUACCAGGGUCCACCGAGGGAUCGCAAGGGUAUCGCAGAGGGCCACUCCUAUUCCAUCAUGGAAGCCCGGGAGAUCAACGGACAUCGGCUGCUGCGAUUGAGGUACGUACAUGAAUUGGCUUGUCAAAGGCAGAUGGACGAAAAACUCACAACUACUAGGAACCCAUGGGGUCGCAAAGAAUGGCACGGUGCCUGGGGUGAUGGAUCCAAAGAAUGGACACCCGAGUGGAUGGAAAUUCUUGGCCAUAAAUUUGGCAACGAUGGUUUCUUCUGGAUCUCUUAUAAAGACCUCCUUAGGAAGUACCAGCACUUCGACCGGACUCGUCUUUUUGCACUUGAAUGGACCAUUACCCAGCAAUGGACUACCUUGAAUGUUCCAUGGUCUGCGGAUUAUCACAGUACCAAAUUCAUGAUGGAUGUGACCAAGAGUGGUCCGGUGGUCAUCGUCCUAUCCCAGCUUGAUACGCGUUAUUUCAAAGGGCUAGCCGGCGAGUAUAGCUUCGUGCUCAAAUUCCGCCUACAAAAGCAGGGAGAAGAAGAUUAUCUCGUGCGCAGCCAUAGCAGCCACUUCAUGGGCCGAUCUGUCAACGCCGAGAUUGACCUUGACCCGGGUCACUAUCACGUCCUGAUGAAGAUCACUGCUUUCCGUCACGAAGACGUAGCUUCGACUGAGGAAAUUGUUCGCCAGGUUGCCUCGACUAGAAGAGAGAAACUGGUGCAAGUCGGCCUUUCAUACGACCUCGCGCAUGCCAAGGGAAUGAUAGGCGAGACAGAGCAAGAAAAGUGGGAGCAGGAACGCUUCAAGGAAAUUGAGCGAAAAAAGCUUCGCGAUGAGAUCAAGAAAAAGAAGCAGAAGGAUUGGAUCCGCAACCAGAAGAUGAAUGCCCGACAAGAGCGCAUGGAAGCACGGCGCGUUACCCGCACCCCCAGUGGUAGCUCCUACGGUCAUAACCCCGAACACGAUCCUAUUCCGAGUCAGAUCUUAGCAGAAAAGCCAGUAGAGGAUUCUCCCAUUGACACUGCAAGCAUUUCAAGUGAAACCAGUGACCACCGUGUUAAUGGUUCCGUGCCGGUCAUCCAUGUCAACGGCGGCCAGGGCCUACACGCAAGACACGCAAGCAGUGGCUGGCGACGCGGAGCCGACUCUCCACAUCCCAGUCUAGACACUCGCAUUGCUACAGAGGCUUUGGAUCCGAGUGACCUUGAGAUAUUAGAAGGAUUCGAAUUUGAUAGCGAUCUCGAUAUGCCUCCUGACGAGGCGAAUGUGAAGAACCAUCCCCCAUCAAUGGACCACAAUGAGCCUCCUGUCGACCCAUGGAAUGCUGUCUGCGUUGUGGGACUGCGCGUUUACUCCAAGGAUCCGAUGUUGGGUUUGCAGGUUGUGCGUCCUGUGCCACCGAAUGAUGUUGAGGCUCCUCUGGACCGGGACGACCCUGCGGCGUCAGCGACUACCUCUCGGCGAGAUGCUUCUUCGUGA